AUGAUGCUGCCGCUGACCAGGCUGUGGCCGCUACUUCGGUGGGGGACAGCAGCGGCGGCGGGAGAGGCAGCAGCCGGGGGGAGUCCCACCACUACCACCACGGAGGAGGAGGAGGAGGAGGACGAGGACGAGGACGACGAGGACGACGAGGACGGAGGGGAGAGGCCUGCUCUGCCUGCCGAAGCCCCGGGCUCUCCUGCUCCCUCCGCCGCCGAGGCUCGGGGUUUCUUCCGCGGGGGCGGGGAGGCUCCGCCGGUGUCCGAGUCGGAGGAGGAGGAAGCGGAGGCCAGAGUUUCCUCGCCGAGAGAGGCCGUGGUGGGAAGCCGCUCGGGGUGCGCGGCCCGGGGGUCGCGCCGGGGGUCGCCGCGGGGCGGCUGCGGGGGCGCGGGGCCCGCCGCUGGGCUGAGCCCCGGCAGUGGCUGCGGCGGCGGCGGCGGCGGCGGGCGGCAGCGGAGGCAGCUGCCGCCUCUGUCCUCGGGUCCGCUCCGCUCUGCUCCCUGGUAUGGAACCUAUAGGGGGCCUGUCACCCAGCACGUGCGUCGGGGGCUGUCCCGGGGGUCAGGGGAGGGAGGCCAGCGGGCCGGCGGGGUCCUCCCCGACCCCGACCGCGACCGCGACUCCGACUCCGAUCCGAUCCUAUCCCCGGCCCCGCUCGGGCAUUUCCCCUUGCGCCCUGGCUCGGCUGGCUCGACGAGCAGUAAGUUCGUAGCCGCCCUCCGAAGCCGGGCGUGCAUGGGAUGGCAGAGUUGGCGUGCGUGCGUGAGUCCACCAGUGUGGCCUGGGCAUGUAAGGUGCGCGGAGGGACUGCACCUUCUCCAUCAGGUGCUGAAGAUGGAAAGCCCUUUGAGAGCAGAGACCCUGCCCGCAGCCUGUGCAUUUUUGCAAGACUGCGCACUCACACAACCAUUGAGAGGCUCACUUUGCAGUGGUCCUCCCAGACCCUCCGUGGUUGGGUGUCCAUCUUUGUCAGAAAAGGGCCAGCAGGGGGCACCAAACCCGCACGUUUCUGCCGGGAGAGGGCGUCUGGGCCACGUCAUGCUGAACAAGAGCCGAGAAGUGGAAUCGCCACUGUCAAGCCGUCCAGUGGGAUGCCCGCUGUUCCCCCAGGAUCACUCAAGACCCUGUGACUUGUGGUCACUGAUGAGCGGACCAAGUGAAGGACUCACAGCAUGUGCCAUUGGAGACUGGAUCAUUAAAGUACUUGAUAGAACUUGUCAGGCUGUGGAAUGUGUAGGCCACUUCCUGAAGUUCUUAGUGAGUUCCUAUGAGAAAAAGACAAGCUUCUAUCAUCUGAAAGUUAAAAAAGAAGAAAAAUGUGUUUUUGAUAAAAGAAGUCCUUUCUCUUUUGGUAACUGAGAGCCAGACAACACUGUACUUUGCAGGGUUGGAAAAGAUGAGUUCUCUGUUACAUGAUGAAGCUCAUUCCAGCAAAGACAGAGACACUGGAAACAGAAUAGAAGAUACUACUAAAAUUGGGAAGGAACUGGAGCCCGAUUUUGACUCCUCCAGGACAGAUGACAACCAUCCUCGGGGUUAUCAAAAGUUGUCACUGCAGAGUGAAAGCCCAAGCCACAGGUGGGAGAAGGUAUUGCAGUGUGUCUAACUGGCAAAGUGCUCCUAUCUGGAAUAUACAAACAACUCCAGCAAAUAAAUCAGUAAAUCAGAAAAGGACAGUCAGUUCAAUAGAACAGUGAGAGGAAGAGAUUGACAGGGCAUUUCACAACAGAAGAGAUCCAGAUGACAGUGAACAGGAAAAGUGCUCAGCCUCACCUGUCAUCAGGGACACGCCUGGAAACAGCAAGGAGAUCCCACUACACAUUCUAGGAGAACAGCUAAAAUCUAAAAAACAACUGAUCAUAUCAGUGUUAAUGAAUAUGUGGAACUGUUGGAACCCUCAUCCUCUGCUGGUGGGAGUAUAAAGAGGCCCACAUACUUUGGAAAACAGUGUGGCAUUAUCUAUUCAAGGUGAAUGUAUGCAUAUCUUACUACAAAGCAAUUCCACUCCUAGGUCUAUGUGUGCAUAUGCGUAAGAAAAAACACAAAAAAUGUGCUGGCUUGGCGCCAUGGCUCAAGCCCUUAAGCCCCGUGUUUUGGGGAACCUGAGGCAGGAGUAUUGUUUGAGGCCAGGAAUUUGAGACCAGCCUGGGCAACAUAGGAAGACUCCAUCUCUACAAAAAAUAAAAAAUAAAAAUAAAAUUAGAAGAGCAUGUAGUGUGUACUUGCAGUCCUAGCUACUUGGGAGGCUGAGGCAGGAGGAUCGCUUGAGUGCAGGAGUUCAAGGUUAUAGUGAGCUAUGAUUGGGCCACUGCACUCCAGCCUGGGUGACAGAGAGGUACCCAGUCUCAAAAAAAAAAAAAAAAAAAAAAAUUCUUAGCAACAUUGUUUGUAAUAGUCCCAAAUUGAGAAAACCUAAAUACCCAUCAACAGCAGAGUGGGUAAAUACGUUGUGGUGUAGUUUUGCAAUGAACACUUUGUAAAUACACAGAACAAACUAUUGCUACAUGCAACAACAUGAAAGAAUCUUGCAGAUAUAAUUUUGAGUGAAAGAAGCUUGAUAUGAUGAAAUGCCAUAGAGUCUCAUUUAUGUAAGAUUCAAGACCAGGCAAAAUGAAUAUAUGGUGUUAGAAGUCAAGUGAAUGGAGACCUUUGAGGACAGGGGAAAGGGUUGGUGAUAGGAAGGGGAAAAGAGGGGCUUCUGAGGUCCUGGUUUUCUUCUAUUUCUCAACCUGGUGAUGGUUACACAGAGGUGCUUACUUUGUGAUGAUGUGUGUGGGCUGUAAGAUAUGUGAUUUCUGCACUUCUCUAUACGUGUGUUACAUGUCAACAAAAGUCUUCUAAUCAUAGACGAUGGAGGAAGAGAUGGCUGUGAGAGUACAAAUCAGUGCUUCAUUAAAAUAAUAAUUAUCCCUGAGCUGCAGGGCAAGAGGCAGAUUAGCAGGGCCUCCCCAUUCCAGGCUGUAGUUUGAAUUUCACUGAUGCAGAGGAUAAAGUGGAGGCCAUUAAGCUGAGAAGGAGGGUGGAGCCCUGAGGCUGCUGCUAAGAAACAGAACUCCCAGGCCAGAGUCUAGAUAAGGACACUGUCUCUUGCUUUGCCUAAUGUCCCAUGAAAUGACCAGAUGCAAAUGGACUGAAAGAGUACUAAGUUAUAAACUUCUUAGGGAAUUGCUUUGCCAGAAAACUCCCAGCAUGAUUAAAAAGGGCCUCUGACUGGUCAACCCAAGGUAAACCCCUGCUCCCAAAUCUGCACCAUCUGGAAAUGGGUCACUAAAGGAUCCUCCCAGGGUCCUACCUCAGAUGUGGAAAUGGAGGACGACUGGCAAAGGGGACCCUUUGAGAGAGCAGAACCAGGGUUGUCAGAUCGGCUGGUCAAGGACCUCAGUCCCCUGCUAGUGUGAGUCCUUGCUCUUCUUGUCCAAUAGACCGUGAUGUACAUAAAGGACUGGUGAUCACAGUAGGCUGUUUCCCCUUCUCGUUUCCAAGUGGGAAAUUCUAUUAUAUUCUGCUAUUUUCUCUUCUGUCAUAUAUACUGAGUGUGUUGGGGUGGUUUACAUUUAUCAUUUAGCCUCUAGGGUGUCAAACUAUGAAUUGCUAUAUACAGAUCACAUUGAUAGAAAUCUGUAUGACCUUGAGAUCUUGGUCUUGGAGCUGGGUGCAAAAACAGGGGCAUACUUUUGGGUUAUCUAUGACUGUAGAGGGAAUGACUUAGUUUUUGGAAGUAUGCAGUAUAGUUGCAUUGUGUUAGGUAGGGAUAUUGCUGAAAUUGAACAAAUGCAAAGAAGGAUGUGUAUAGAAAAUGAGAAGCCAAGGGGUGGGUUGUUGGGUGUAUUUGUUAUUUUUGCCUUCAGGUAUCAAUUUCUUCCUCUUAUGAUAAUAGCUUCCUGAUUUUCUUUUUGAGAAACAGUGUCUUCCCAACCGAGAUUGUGUGGUUUAUCCCUUUCCCUUGUUCACAGUGGUUGAUUCAGAGAUAGGCAAGUGACUCAGACCAGGAGCCCAAGCGAUGAGAUUGGAUUCCAGAACGUUUGAGAAUCUCCUGGGAGAGAAGAGUUCCCUUUGCACUGAUGCUGUUAGACUAUAGGAUAUAAAUCUGUAGCCACUGGGUGUUCUCUUGCCAUUCCAUAGGAAGUAUCCGCCUAAAUGUAGCCAUUCAAGAUGAAAACAAGGCAGGAAAAAAAGAGAGACCAAGUUUGAUGUUCUAAUCUAAGCUCUCAUGGCAAUUACACUUCUGUAUGUUUUAGUUGCACAGACCCCACAAAUCUCAUAUUUUGCUUGAGAUCACAUGAGUUGGGUUUCUGAAACUUUUAACUGAGAAUCUUAUAAUUGCGACCAGCUAUGGGAAAUGCAUAAACACUUCCGUGUGUUUUGCAUAUAUUUGGUGUCAUGCAAUUUUUAACUAAAUGAAAGGAGAGUGGCUUUUACUGAAAUGCGUAAGUUGCAGGCAUUAACCCAGUAGGGGAAGACCUAGUUGAGUAUAUUCUUUCAUUUCCGUGCUUUGGCAUCCAAGGCUUGGGAGCAGUCCAUAUCAGGAAUUCAUUGCUCAGGUCCACAUAGCUUGUUUUCCCCUCCUCCCAAGUGAAGAGCAUCGGACCUUCCACAGUCAGGGUGUGUCCUUGGGAAUUUCUAGCUGAGCCAGCUCACUGAUGCAUGGAUGCCACAAUGGUGGCAGUAUUUUCUGCUUUACACGCACAUGUGACAGCAGUGUGUUCUACCCAGGAAAUGGGGGCUGGAGGCAGUAGCUUUGUGGGCCGUCACCCUUGAGCCUAGGAUAGCAUGGAAUAUAGCAAGAUCUGUGGUGUUCAAAGGUCAGGGAUGUGUAUUAGAUUCAGUCUGAGUCACAAGGAGGUGAAACAGUGAGAUUAGGGAAGGACGGAAUCCUGGGAGUAAGAAUGGAAGGAGCCAAAAGCUGAGGAGAUGGGGGUAUCAGAAUAGGAUCCAGGAAAUACAGAAUAAGAGUUAGAAACUGGCCAGGCAGAGGAGCCAGGAGGCAGAGAUGCUCUAAGGAGGCACUAGACAGGCCCGCCAUAUGCUGGAGAAUGGAGUUUGUGCUGCUUGAAGGUAUGUUGAAAGGUUUGCCUGAGCUAUGUGCUACCACUAAGAUAUCACCAUGCCUGGUGUGCUCUGCGGGGUUCUCUCUCAUCCUCUCCUUCAGCUGGGCACUGUGUCACAUGUAUGUGCUCUAGAUCAGAGACCAGAAUGGGAGCACAGCAGAUUCACUUAACUACAGUUACAUUUGCUGGUUUUUUCUAUUACAAAUGUAUGAAUUUUAUCCUCCUACAAAACUUCAAGUCAAAACUCCUCCUCAGCAUCUGGCUAACCAGGCCAAAAGUAGGUGCUUUCUAGGGUCUGAAUGUUGGUGUCCCCCCAAAUUCAUAUUUGAAACUGAAUCCCCAAUGUGAUCGUAUUAAGAAGUUGGGUCUUUUGGGAAGUGAAUAAGCCACGAGGGCAAACUAAUGAACCGUGAAUGGGAUUAGUGCCCUCGUAAAAGACUGAAGGGAGCCUUUUUCCCGCUUUGUGCCAUGUGAGGACACAGCAACAAAUUACCAUCUGUGAAGCAGAGAGCUCCAACCAGACAUGAGAGCUGCUCGUGCCUGAUCUUGGACUUCAUGCCUCUGGAAUGGUGAGAAGUAGAUUUCUUUUUUGGGGGUGGGAGAGCAGAUUCACUUUAUUUAUUUAUUUAUUUUUUGCAAUGCAGCAUGUAUUUGGAGGGCUUUAGGUCUCAGUAUUGCAAAUUAUCUCCAUUGAGAAAUAAAUUUUUGUUGUUUAUAAGCUACCUAGUCUAAGGCAUUUUGUUAUAGCAGCCUGUAUUUGGUCAUUCUUUCAUUGCUACAAAGAAACACCUGAGACUGGGUAAUUUAUAACGGGUUUAACUGGCCCAUGGUUCUGCAGGCUGUACAGGAAGCAUAGCAAUGGCUUCUGCUUCUGGGGAGGCCUCUAGAAGCUUCCAAUUAUGGCGGAAGGCAAGGCAUGAGCCUACACAUAACAUGGUGAAAGAAGGAGCAAGAGAGAGGCGGGGAGGGGGCCACACACUUCUAAAUGACCAGGUCUCAUGAGAACUCACUCACUAUCACAAGGAAGCACUAAGCCAUUCAUGAGGGCUCCAGCCCCAUGACCCAGUCACCUCCCACCAGGCCCGCCUCCAACAUUGGGGAUUACAUUUCAACGUGAGAUUUGGCGGGUACAAAUAUCCGACAAUGUCACAGCCCAAACAGACUAAGACAGGGCUGAAAAAACUUGAUAAGCAUGAGUGCUCACUGUGUGUACAUGCAAAGUGUGUGGGGACAGGUGCUUCGGGGAACAUGAAGAUGAACCCUGCACAGAUCUUGCAUACCAGGGGCUUGUACUGCUGAGGGAGGCAUCACAGGGGCUCUAGCCUGCUGUCAAUCCUGUGCCCUACUGACAUUGUAAUAACCGCAUUUAUCACCUGUCUGUUCAAGGAGUUGUGUGAGCCACUGAGGUAAUUUUUUAAUUCCAGAAAGAGAGAAAAUACUGUUUCUUACUGCAGGAAACUUUAUUUUCUUCACUUCACAAAAGCACCAGUGAAACGGCUGUUGAAUAAAAUUGUGAACUUUGCCUAUGGGUGUCACUAAGGCAGCAGAUCCUAAAAUGGGGGCUGAUGUGUGCUCAUAUCAGGCUGUUUGAUGAACACUUUGCUACCAGUUACUCCACUCUGUAUUUAUAGCACAACAUGAUUUUACUAAAACCCUACGAUGGAAUCUUAUGCAGAAUUUUAUGCAAAGUAGUUUCUAAAAAGACUUUUAAAGUCAUGGAAAAUUGGCUUGGGUACAAUGUUAGGCAAUAAAAACAGGACACAUAUAUAGAGUUUGUAAAAAAAUAUAUUUGAGAUGAUGGAUAUCCUAAUUACCCUGAUCUGAUCACUAUACAUUAGAUGCAUCAAAACAGUACUAUGUACCCAAUAAAUAUAUAAUUAUGUGUCAAUUACAAAUAUAAAAGUAUCAAAAUUAUAUAUGUAUAUGCAUAUACAUAUAUCUAUAUCUAUACAAUAAUAAUACUUCUUUUAAAGUAUAUCUGAAUAGCUGGAUCUAUAUCUGUAUACGUACACACACAUAAGAGUUAAAGGAAAAUCCUGGGCUGGGUGCAGUGGCUCAUGCCUGUAAUUCCAGCACUUUGGGAGGCUGAGGUAAGAGGAUUGCUUGAGGCCAGGAGUUCAAGACCAGAGUGGGCAACAUGGCAGGACCCCCGUCUCUAUAAAAAGUACAAAAAAUUAGCCGGGUCUGGUGACACAUGCCUGUAGUUUGAGCUACUUGGGAAGCUGAGGUGUGAGGAUUGAUUGAGCCUGGGAGGUCAAGGCUGCAGUAUGCUAUGAUCAUGUCACUGCACUCCAGCCUGGGUGACAGUG